AUGAAGGGUUUGCAUAUGCUUAAAUACACCUUACCUGGAGAGUAACCAAUUAGUUUAGUGUUGUCAGAGAAAGAAAGAGGAAAGUUAUUUCUUGGAAAUUUGGAUUGCUUACAUAAUUAAUAAAUUUUGGAAAUCAAUAACGUAAAUUGCAUUUUGUCCAUCUGCACAGAAGAAAGUAAUAAGUUUCAAUACAUAGAAAUCAUGAUGGGUCCUAAAUACAAAUAAAUUUACUUGGACAUUCAUGACAAUAUGAAUUCUCAAAUCAGUAAUGUUUUCGAAAGAUCUUUCUUAUUCAUCGAAAAAGCAUUGAAAUCUUAAUAAAAUGUUCUUGUUCAUUGUGCAGCAGGCAUCUCGAGAUCAGCUACCCUUGUACUGGCCUAUCUCAUGAAAAGCUAUCAAUAUACAGUAGAACAAGCAUUAAGAUUUCUAAAAUAAAAAAGACCAUAUGUAAGGCCAAACCCAGGGUUCUUACUGUAAUUACUCGAUUAUGAAACAAUGUUAUAUGGAUGCAUCACAAGCAACUUGGGACCAGACCUGACUCCGUUUGACAUUUAAAGAGAACCUCAAUAUAAGCCUUAGCCUAAAGUGGAUCUAAGGAAAAGUCUCCCACUUAAGUAAGUUCCUGGUCCCUCACCGGUUGCGAGAGUAGAUAGGAAGACACAUACAGAAAUCUUAACAAGAGUUUCAUAAUCAAUAUCUACAUUCUAGCCGAAAGCCUUUAAGUCCUGA